UCAUUCCAGUGGGUGGCAGCACCGACGUAUCUCUGUGCGUUACCACAACAACAACACAGAAGAAGAGGUCGGAGCUUCUCGAAAAUGUCUGAGUACGACGUCGUUCAAAAGAGUUCCCUGAAAAUUAAGGGUGUAGGCGAACUGUCCGCUGCAAAAAAGAAGAAGAAGAAGAAUAAAGAGAGUAAACAUCGCUUGGAGCAGGUUCAGACCAGCCAAAACGAUGAGGAGGUGAAAACAAAGAAAACAUAUGUGGACAAAAGGACACCGGCACAGAUUGCUUUUGACAAGAUGCAAGAGAAACGGCAAAUGGAGCGGAUUUUGAACAAGGCGUCAAAGACACACAAGCACAGAGUUGAGGAUUUCAAUCGUCACCUGGACAACCUGACGGAACAUUAUGAUAUUCCAAAAGUCAGCUGGACCAAAUAGAAGAACACAAAAUCUUCGUUAUGUUAUUUUACCACUUGUACAAAAAUGCUAUGCCUUGUCUUAUGCCUGUGAGUUAUGUUUGAUAGUUUUAUAUACCUAAAAUUAAAACUUGGAUUUCAAUUAAUUUCUUUUGUCCCAAAUCCUGGUGUGCACAAUAAAAUUGAUUGUUGAUUGA